AUGACGGCCUCAGUUCGUGUCUUCAGCUCCCCUCAGUCCAUAGCCGAACGGCUUGCUGAACCCAAAUCCUACUACAACAUUCCUCGCAGCCUCCCAGACUUGCCAGAACCACCAAAAGAAUCUGAGCCAGUCGGAUCUGGGGCUGCCACUCCCACUCCACGACAGCCUCCUCAGUUGUCUGGUGCGUACACCAGAGUACCUACACCUACAUACAACGAGCACAAGAUGGAGGGCGGUAUUACCUUUGCGGCCCAGGACAAGCUACCGAAGCUGCCCAUUCCUGAACUCGAGAGCACAGCCGUCAAGUAUCUAGAGGCUCUGAAACCGCUGCAGUCUCCCAGAGAACAUGCCGAGACAAAACAUGCCGUCAACGAAUUUCUAAGAGAAGAGGGCCCCGACUUGCAAGAGAAGUUGAAGAGAUAUGCCCAGGGCAAGACCAGUUAUAUCGAACAAUUCUGGUAUGAUUCGUAUCUCAACUUUGAUAACCCUGUAGUUCUCAACCUAAAUCCUUUCUUCCUCCUGGAAGAUGACCCGACCCCAGCAAGAAACAACCAGGUGACCCGUGCAGCCUCCCUUGUCGUGUCUUCCCUGGAAUUCAUCAGAGCGGUUCGAAAGGAAGAGCUGCCGCCGGACAAGGUUAAAGGAACCCCCUUGUGCAUGUACCAAUUUUCACGACUCUUUGGUACGGCUAGAGUUCCUACCGAGGCCGGAUGCCAGAUUGAGCAGGACCCGGAAUCGAAGCACAUCGUUGUCAUGUGCCACGGCCAGAUCUACUGGUUCGAUGUUCUCGAUGACAACUCGGAUGUCAUCAUGACCGAGAAGGACAUUGAGGUCAACCUCCAAACGAUUGUCGACGACGCCAGCCAAACCCCCAUUCAGGAUGCGGCAAAGGGUGCUCUGGGCGUGCUUAGCACAGAGAACCGCAAGGUUUGGUCCGGCCUUCGCGAUAUCCUGACCCGCGAACCGGGAUCGAACAAUGCCGACUCACUCAACAUUGUCGACUCGGCCCUUUUCGUCUUGUGCCUUGACUAUUCCGAACCGAAUAAUGUUGCAGAUCUUUGCCAGAAUAUGCUAUGCGGAACCAGUGAAGUGAAGAAUGGAGUUCAGAUCGGCACAUGCACAAACCGAUGGUAUGACAAGCUCCAGAUCAUUGUCUGCAAGAAUGGAAGCGCCGGUAUCAACUUCGAGCACACUGGUGUGGAUGGUCACACAGUAUUACGAUUCGCUAGCGAUGUGUAUACAGACACGAUCCUCCGCUUCGCGCGCACCAUUAACGGACAGGCGCCGACGCUGUGGACAUCCACCAGCCCUGACCCGUCUAAGCGGGAGAUUGAUAGUUUCGGAGACGUCAACACUACGCCUCGAAAACUUGGAUGGGACAUGAUUCCGGAGCUGAGCAUUGCGGUACGAUUCGCAGAGAGCAGACUGGCAGAUUUGAUUGAGCAGAACGAAUUCCAAUGCCUCGACUUUUCGACAUACGGCAAGCACUUUAUCACUUCCAUGGGAUUUUCUCCCGAUGCCUUUGUCCAGAUGGCGUUCCAGGCGGCUUAUUAUGGCCUGUAUGGCAGAGUCGAGUGCACAUACGAGCCUGCCAUGACCAAGACCUUCUUGCACGGUCGCACAGAGGCCAUUCGACCGGUAACAAAGGAAUCUGUUGACUUUGUCCAGACUUUUUGGGGCGACAAUCCGGCGGAGCAAAAGAUUGAGGCUCUCAAGCGUGCUUGUGUAAAGCACGUCGGCAACACCAGAGAAUGCGCAAAGGCAGAGGGAUGCGAUAGACAUCUCUAUGCGCUGUUCAGCGUGUGGCAAAAGUAUGUAGAUGAUUUGAUUGAUAGUGGAAUGAGCAGCCCUGGAACGUCAAGUCCGACAACAUCUUCGCCAACUGCAAGCCCAAGGAGCUCUUCACUAUCGAUUGACGGUGUGGAAGUCCGGCCGUCAAGGGAACGUGGCGAUAGCACCAACUCCAGGUCGCGAGAUCAUCACCCACUUCCGCUCAUCUUUGCAGACUCCGGCUGGGACAGGCUCAACACGACGAUUCUCUCGACCUCUAACUGCGGCAACCCUUCUCUUCGCCACUUUGGUUUUGGCCCAACAUCCGGAGAUGGAUUUGGCAUUGGCUACAUUAUCAAGGAUGAUUCCAUCUCUAUUUGCGUAGCCAGCAAGCACCGACAGACGAAGCGUUUUGUGGACACGCUGGAGAGCUAUCUCUUGGAAGUCCGACGCAUCUUGCGCAUUCUCAAUGGCAAGGUGGUCAGCACAAAGGGAAGCCGGGCACGCGAGGCAGAAUUGGCUCGACCAAAGCCAUCGAACCGACUCAAGUCUCGAGGCAGACCGAUCACGAGCUCGGAAUUGAUCAGGCCGGGAGGCAGACGCUUCAGCCAAGGUCCUGGCUCACCAACGGAAGCCAGCUUCACCAGCGACGACGACGAACUUGGUGGAUAUGGCUUCUUUGAUGCGGGAAUGCUCUUCCAAGCACUCAAGAAUCGCGGCAAUACGACUGAAGAGGAGACGAAGGCAUCGGAACGGGCGGCUGUGAAUGCAAGACGGCGAGACGUGGGCAAAAAGCUGCGUCUGGUUACGGAGUAA